GCGAAGCUGUUAGCUGUUCGGACUGCAAAGGUUUUUUCCACAAAAGACACGUGAAAGGGUCUGGAUCAGCUUUUUCAUCUGAACGUAUCUAUACGUGCCACAUGUGUAUGGUUGGAAAACAUCUAAAAAGCACUUCCAAGAAGGGAAAUUUGGUAUCAAAAAAGAAUAAGAAAGCAUCCAAAUUAUUGAGGUCUAUGUGCCGAAGAACAAAGAUUAGGGGUACUAGGGAUAAACAACAGUCACAGUCUCAAAACAACACCAAAGUUUCUGUUGUUGUUGUUCCCUUACGUCGUUCCGUUAGGAAAACUAAAAGUUUACAAGUGCUAGAGAAAAACGCUAACAAGAAGAUUGGGUGCCCAAGGAGAAAGAAAAUGAGAUCAAGAAAAGGUACUUCAAAGAAACCAGUAGAAGUUCCCUGGCAGAAGAAGAGAACAAAGUUCUGUCGUAUUUACUGGCUGAAUGGUCUCCUGUUGUCACAGAAGCCUAAUGAUGAUCGAGUAGAACUUUUUAGAAGAAAACAACUUCUUGUUCUUUCGGGCGAGUUGGGUGGCACAAUUGAUUCACCGAAAUGUGGUCUUUGUAGUGAACUUGAAUCUACAACUUCCGUAUAUUACAUUGCAUGUGAAUUAUGUGGAGAUUGGUUCCAUGGAGAUGCAUUUGGUCUUACAUCUGAAAGAAUUGGUAAUGUAAUUGGAUUUAAGUGCCAUAAAUGUUGUAACAAGAGCGCUCCUGUUUGUGCUUUUAUGUUCACAAGCAGCAGAAGGGUGGUUAAAAUGGCUGAUUUGAGCGAUGUGAAGAUUGAAUAUUCAAACGCGAAUUCUAUGGGAAUGAAAGACCAGUCACAUUUACAACCGAAGUAUUCUUCUCUUGAAAAACAUCACAAUUCAGAUGGUGGAGGGGAGCCUGUCAUGGUGGAACAGUGGACAGAAGCAAUGGAUGUUGAAGUGCAGGAGGACCCAGUUUUGGCAACAAAAGGACUUUGAGAAUUCUUGUAAAAUAGAUAUUGAUGUACCGGAGGAUCUUGUGGUUUAGUUAACCCAGAAUUAUAUCAAAGACAGAUCGAAUCACCCAUGCAGAAUCAACACGGCGAAAUGAUCAUCACUAAGUUCCCACUAAAGAAAAACACAGACAAUAA